AUGAAAGCCCUGCAAGGAUGGAUGUUAGCCAGAGCUCGAGUUGGUCCAGGGCUCUUAAGAGGUCGCAUCAGCGCCCCUCUUCGAUCGACACGUUAUGCCUCGUCGCAAAUUGGUCGGACGAGCACAAUACCCGGAACAGAACCCGAUGAAGAUGAUCCGCCAAAGGAUCCCCAAUCGGAUAAGGAAAGCACCUCUCGCUUUGGGCCGACCAUGUUCAAGGUCUUUGAGACUGCUGCCACCACCUUUGCCUCCAUUGCCGUCCUCGGCCUGGCCGGAUACUCCUAUCACCUUUACUACAAGUCGCUUGUCUUGCGCAAGAUCGAAAAGGCCUUUGCUCCUGGAGACCCUAUGCUCGAUCUGGCCUCGCCUCCGGGACCCCAUAUUCCUCCUGUGGAUCAGUCCGCCGAUGGGACCGAAAAUUGGAUAGACAGACCCGAGCAGGCCAAAAUCGACGCCAUCAUCAGCGGUGAAUCCAAAGGCAGAUAUUAUCUCCUUGUGGGCGAAAAGGGAACCGGCAAGUCUUCCAUGAUACUCGAAGCGAUGCGAAAAACUGACGGCGAGGGCGUGUCAAUGUUUGAGGCUCAUGCGGACUUGGAAAUUUUCCGCAUCCGCCUAGGCAAAGCACUCAAUUACGAGUUUCAUGAAGACUACAUUGGCUCUCUCUUUUCCAUUCGUGGCCCUCGAGACACCACCGCUUUGCUUGACAUCGAACGUGCCUUCAACAAGCUGGAAAAGAUAGCCUUGGCUCACCGCAACAAAUCGCGAAAGAGAAAGACUGGACGCAAAGGGCCGCUGAUCGUCAUUAUCAAUUGUGCGCAUUUGAUUCGAGACGACGAAGAUGGCAAUGAUUUAAUCGAACUGAUGCAACAACGCGCUGAGCAAUGGGCGGCGGCCAACCUGGUCACCAUGAUAUUCAAUUCUGACGACUACUGGGUCUAUGAACGCUUGAAACGUUACGCCACAAGAAUGGAAGUCAUUCCUAUCCUCGACCUACCCAAGGGCCGCGCCAUUGCCGCUCUGAACCGUUACCGAGCAAAAUAUUUCCCUGAGCAGAAGCGAGAUCCGGAGAUAUUGAAGCAAGUAUAUGAUUUGGUGGGUGGCCGACUGAACUUUCUUAACCGGGUGGCCAAGAGCUCCGACAUGCUCAAAAUGUGUCAUCAAAUCAAUGAAUCAGAAAAGACCUGGUUCUUGAACAAGUGUGGUAUACUCGGGGAGGACAUGGAUGAUGACGUGAUGGAUCAACAAAAGUAUGCCAGCGCAGCAAUGGUGCUGGCCAAAGCACUCGUCGACCGAGACAAGGAGAUGGAAUCGAAUUACGACGAUGAAAAGGGACACAUUUUGCCGCAAAUUCCUCUCUACAUAGCUCGGCAGAUCAUGACCAGAGCCGACUUUAUCCAGAGUUACGACCAUGACAACAUCUUCACGAUUGACAGUUCUGCCAUGGUCCGCGCCGACAGCGUACCCAUGAUGAAUGCAUUUAAAGAGAUCUGCGCGGAAGAAGGCUUUGCCGAAUAUCUGGAGGCCACCCUUGACCGAAUCUCGGCUAUUGAGAGCGUUAACAGAACAAAGGAACUUACCUUCAAAGAUUUAUGGAUUGAACAAAAGGGGGAACAGCGGGGCAAAUAUGCAUUUGUGACCAAGGAUUCUCGGGGUAGGGAGACUGGUUUCAUCGAGAUGAGAGUCCGUCCGGACAAGCCACCCGAGGAAGACGAUGAUUAA